AUGGCGGGCAUCUUGAACUACGUGGAAGUAUUUGAGGGCCUCAUGGACUUUCAAGCGGCCUCUGAUGCCAUAAAGUGCCAAGCCUUUCAGAUCGCUUUCACAGGGAGUGCCCAGCUCUGGUAUAGAAGGCUGCCGAUAAGGUCGAUCUUGACCUAUAGCCAGCUGAGGAAAAAGUUCAUUAGUCAGUUCUCUUCUCGGCACUAUGACAGGAAGACAGCCACUCACCUCGCCACCAUCCGACGGAAGGAAAACAAGACUUUGAAAGAGUACGUGACCCGCUUCCAAGAGGAGCAGCUUAAGGUUGCGCAUUGCUCCGACGAUUUGGCCAUGUGCUACUUCCUUACCGGCCUGACCGAUGAAACUUUGACGGUUAAGCUAGGCAWGGAAGCGCCAUUAACCUUCGCUGAAGUCUUGCAGAAAGACAAGAAGGUUAUAGACGAGCAAGAACUACUUAGAACCAAACAAGGUCGGAUAGACAAGAGGUCCGACCAGAAGAAGAUAGGUGGCCAAGAAAAGGGGAAGUCUGAACCUAAGUCUAAGGACAAAGGAUCGUCUUCCCAGGAUCGGUCUGACUAUAGGAGAUCCGACUCGAACUCCAAUUGGCGGGGGCCCUAUGAAAGGUACACCCCAACCACCAUUCCGAUCUCCGAGAUUCUCACCAAUAUCGAGGAGAAUGGUUUGGAAAAGCUCCUCAAGCAACCUGACAAACUUGUAGGAGACGUAGAGAAGCACAACAAAUAUAGGUACUGUCGUUUUUAUCGCGACCACGACCACGAUACCUCGAGUUGCUGGGAGUUGAAGCGCCAAAUUGAGGACCUGAUUCAAGAUGGCUACUUCAAGAAGUACGUUGGUCAGAAGGGUGCUGGUAGAUGGGGGCACUUCUGCCAAUAUUCUAUUUCUUACCAGUUACCUAACACUAGGAUGGACCAGGGCACAGCUGAAGAAGAGUCCAACACCUUUAGUCUGAUUCGCAGGACAAUCCGUCACUCCGGAGGGUUGCACUGA